GAAAAAGGAAAAAGGAAAAAGGAAAAAGGAAAAAGGAAAAAGGAAAAAGGCAAGACAGCAGUGAGACAAACAACAACAAUUGAAACCCGGUGGCGCGGGUAAAAAUAGUGAAAAGACCCACUUAACGAUUGGCCUUUGACUCCACUAGACUAAUCUCUGCCCGAUGGUCCUUACAUAUGACACGGUCGACGGUUUGAUACUAAUCUAUACGACUCGACGCUUUCAUAGCAUUGAUUGCUGAAUUUAGCACACGGUUGUGAUCUGGAUACGCUCCAUUGUCGGCUAUCGUCAUGGUGUCCUUUUUCUCCCGCUGUUUUCCGAAGAGGAGAAAGGGACAGCAGCAACAACAGCAAUGGAAGGAGAUUGAGGAAGCAGCUCGGGAUCUGGAAUCACGCCCGUCAUGGAAUGCCCCCGACAACACUCUGCUGCUAGAAGCAUUUGAAUGGCACGUACCACAUGAUACAUGCCACUGGCGACGUCUGCAACAUGCUCUGCCGGGGUUGAAAGAGAUCGGCAUCGACAAUAUCUGGAUUCCUCCGGGCUGCAAAGCCAUGAACCCCUCGGGUAAUGGCUACGAUAUAUAUGACCUGUAUGAUCUAGGCGAGUUCGAUCAGAAAGGAUCCCGAACCACCAAAUGGGGCUCUCGGAGGGAGCUUGAAGACCUUGUGGAAGAAGCAAAGUCGCUGGGUGUUGGUAUAUACUGGGAUGCGGUGCUCAAUCAUAAAGCCGGGGCGGAUUAUCCCGAACGGUUCCAGGCUGUUAAAGUAGAUCCUAAUCGACGAAAUGUCGAGGUAUCCAAGCCCACUGAAAUUGAGGGUUGGGUCGGUUUUGACUUCGAGGGCCGCGGCGACCAGUACAGCUCGAUGAAAUAUAAUUGGCAGCAUUUCAAUGGUGUGGACUGGGACGAAUCGCGCAGAGAAAAUGCCAUCUUCAAGAUCCAUGCGCCAGGCAAGGAUUGGGCACAAGAUGUGGGCAAGGACAAUGGCAACUAUGAUUAUUUAAUGUUUGCAAAUCUGGACUAUUCCAAUCCAGAGGUUCGGGAAGACGUCCUUCAUUGGGGAACCUGGAUAACAAAUGAGCUAUCUCUGAGUGGCAUGCGACUGGACGCCGCGAAGCAUUUUUCUGCUGGCUUCCAGAAGGAGUUUAUUGAUCAUGUCCGCAAGACGGCUAACAAGGAUCUGUUUGUCAUCGGCGAAUACUGGUCGGGAGAUUUAAAGGAUCUCGUGGGAUAUCUUCAGCAGAUGGAUCAUUCGGUGACGGCGGUUGAUGUGCCUCUCGUUGUGAACUUGUGCAGGACAUCGUACACAAAGGGAGGUGAUCUUCGCAAGAUAUUCAAGGGUACUUUGGUGCAGAGCAAACCUGAGAAUGCUUUGACAUUUGUUUCGAAUCAUGAUACGGUACCCGGGCAAAUGCUUGAAAACCCAGUUGCACAAUACUUCAAACCGCUCGCAUAUGCAUUGGUGCUCCUCCGCAAAGAUGGGCAUCCAUGUGUGUUCUACGGAGACCUCUAUGGUACUCUAGGAGACAAGCCAUUGAAGCGAGCCUGCAAGGGCAAACUCCCGAUUCUCACACGGGCUCGAAAGUUGUAUGCUUAUGGAGAACAGCAGGAUUAUUUUGACCAAGCCAACUGUAUAGGAUUUGUCCGUUACGGAAACGCGCGCCAUCCUUCCGGACUAGCCUGCAUUAUGAGUAACGGCGCGGCAGCAGAAAAGCGCAUGUACGUCGGACCGAAGCACGCCAACGAGGAGUGGACAGAUAUUAUGCAGAGCCACGAGAAAGUUGUUACCAUCGAUGCGUCGGGAUAUGGGGUAUUCCCCGUGAAUGGCAUGAGUGUCAGCGUCUGGGUCAACUCAACGGCACCUGACCGAGACCAUCUCCAGCAACCGUUUGAUGACAAAAUAUAUGAAUAAUAAUCACCCUAGCGAACAAUCUCUUGAUUGUAUAAUACUUAGAAACUUUCUAACUUAGUUAAUGGUAGUACUCCUUCUAGUGACAAGAAUGCCAAUGCAGCGAGCAAGCUCACGUCAAUUAAAUCCAAAUUACUAUAAGACAUUUCAACCAACCAACAAGAUACAUAACCAAUCAGUUAUCAGAUUAAUCAAUACGACUCAAGUUAUGGCUACGCUAAAAAUACUCGGGUUCAUCUAUCGAGUCUCGGGUGGACCGGGAGAAGGAUGGCCUCCCAAAGCGGUCAUUUAAGGGCUUUUCCCGUCCAGUGACGGCAGUAGUUCGGCGAAACCGAACAAGAAAUUCGAUAGUUGUUCGCUGUUGAGGACUUGAGGACUCAAUUGACUCCGCGGAGGGUCCAAAACACUAAGAAGUAGGACCCACUAGUGUUCCAAAAUACAAUCAGAGAAACACA